UUAGCCGACUCGGCUCCGGCUCGGCUCCAGCGCGCCUGAGUGGCGGCCGCGUGCGGGGGCGGGGCGCUGUUUCCGCCGGGCCAUGGGGCCUCGCGAUCUGCCGCCGCUGCUGCUGUCGUUGCCGCUGCUGCUGCUGCUGCUGCUACUACUUCCACCGCUGGGCAGGGCUGAGGGUCCCGCACCCUCGAGUCUGCGCCCUACGCCGGCCACGCCUUCACCGCCGCCCGCCGCGACUAAUGGCAGCCAGCCGGGCGCACCCCACAACAGCACGCACUCGCACUCGUGGCUGCCCGGCGCCACCGGCUCCCAGCUGCUGCGCUCUUUCUACGUGUUUUUGGGCCUCAGCGGCCUGGCUGUGCUCUACUUCCUCAUCCGGGCGUUCAGGCUAAAAAAGCCACAGCGGAGGAGGUAUGGGCUCCUGACCAACACAGAAGACCCCACUGAGAUGGCCUCACUGAACAGCGACGAGGAGACUGUCUUUGAGACGAGGAAUCUGAGAUGAUGCCUUUCCAGGAACCACGAGUGAAGGACACGUGGCAGCCACGCUGACAUUGGUCCUACUGAAUGCCACCCAACAUUGCAUCAGAGCCUGCACAAUCAUUCUGGAACCACCUCUACCCCCAACUUGGACAGCAUGGCUUCACCUUCCAGGACCUCCGCCCCUCACCCUGUUCAUGGGAGCCACUCGAAUGCCAAUGGCCUCCAGAGUCUCUGCCUACAACUUGAGGCCCCCCACCAGAUUGUGAUGUGUGCUGCUCCCCCUCUCCUGAAUGGCUGGAGUGGCCCCAAGCUGAGACCUAGAUGCAAGUGGACUAAGGGGUCUCUGGGAGCGCCUUCUUGUUGGGCUGGGGACA